AUAAUAAAAGUUGGGGUUCUCCCUGCGCUCCCGACGUGCUUCAAAGCCGUCUCAAAGUGUGCGCGUGCACGUGUGUGAGAGUGAAAGUGAGAGUGUGUGUGUGUGUGAGUGACACCAGCCCGUUCUUCUGCACAUUGCCGUGGCGCAACAAUAGCCAGCUGUGCGGGUGGUGUGCAAACAUUCAGCCGCUGGGUGUCUUCACUCUGCGGCUCCACCGCCGACCAGAGGUGGGUGAGUGUCGGCCGCUCCGUCCGUGUUCUUUCCGGAAGAGAGGGGUGUUUCACAUGGGACACGUCUCAGGUCAGCAGCCGAUUCCUGCCGCACUUCUCACGCAGAAGCCUGCAAGGACGCCUCCGCCCCCCCCCCCCCCCCACCGCGAGCCCCCGCGUUGACAGUCGGCCGUGAGUAGAGUGGAUCAAAGAGGCGACGCCGCGCGUCCGAACCGGGACGUCCCUUCUGGAUCCCUCUGGACUGGAGCUGCCGCCUCAGAGGGGCUCAAACACGGCUCUGGUGGGACGCUGAGCGCGGCGACCGAAGGCCGGCUCAGGUCACGUUGAUGCUGGUGGGCGCUCCCCGGUACUCUCCCUGCCACCUGCUCCAGCCCCCCACCUCCCCGCCAGCCAUGGCGAUGAGCAGUGACCCUGGCCGCGAGAGGCCCGGCCUCGAUUCUGACAAACAGACCGGCAGUCUCACGGACAUCAUGGCUGCCAUGACGACGGAGGACUCGGACGGCUCUGCCGCCAACGGCGUGGGUAACGGCGGGGCUCAGCAGGACGGGGCUCAGGCCAAGAGGAGCCGGGCGCCGCGGCCUCACCUGACUGGGAGGAAGUUGUCGCUGCAGGAAAGGGGCACCUACAUGUCGUCGGGCCCGGGGGGAGGAUUCACGCACGUGUCCCCUCGCGUGGCUCGCAGGCCCACAGUGGAGUCUAAACGCGUGUCUAUAUCAGACGCCCAGGACUGUAUCCAGUUGAACCAGUAUAAGCUGAAGAGUGAGAUCGGAAAGGGCUCCUACGGCGUGGUCAAACUCGCCUACAACGAGGACGAUGACAAGCAUUACGCCAUGAAGUUGGUGUCCAAGAAGAAGUUAAUGAAGCAGUGUGGUUUCCCACGUCGCCCACCCCCAAGGGGACCCAAGGCGGCCCAAGGAGAGCAGCCCAAGAUCUUAGGACCCCUGGAGAGAGUCUACCAAGAGAUUGCCAUCCUCAAAAAACUGGACCAUGUCAACAUUGUCAAGCUGGUGGAGGUGCUGGACGAUCCAGCAGAGGACAACCUUCACAUGGUGUUUGAGCUGAUGCCUAAGGGUCCAGUGAUGGAGGUGCCCUCAGACGGUCCUUUGACCGAAGAGCAGGCGAGGUUAUACUUCAGAGACAUCAUCCUGGGCAUCGAGUACCUUCACUACCAGAAGAUCGUCCACCGGGACAUCAAGCCUUCUAACUUGCUGCUGGGCGACGACGGCCACGUGAAGAUCGCAGACUUUGGGGUCAGCAACCAGUUCGAGGGCAACGACGCGAUGCUGUCCAGCACUGCUGGCACUCCUGCGUUCAUGGCACCGGAGACCCUUUCGGACGCGAGGAAGAGCUUCAGCGGCAAAGCGCUGGACGUGUGGGCCAUGGGGGUCACGCUGUACUGUUUCGUCUUUGGGAAGUGCCCAUUUAUUGACGAGUACAUAUUGGUUUUGCACAAUAAGAUAAGGACCGGCCUCGUGGAUUUCUCAGAAACGCCAAAGAUCAGUGAAGCGCUGCAGAACCUGGUCUUGCGGAUGCUGGACAAGAACCCAGACACCAGGAUCACCAUCCCUGAGAUCAAGAUGGACCAGUGGGUGACCCAGGGAGGCACGGACCCCUUGCCUCUGGAGGAGGAGCACUGCUCUGCGGUGGAGGUGACCGAGGAGGACAUCCAGAACUCAGUCAAGUUUGUUCCCAGCCUCUCCGCCGUGAUCUUGGUGAGAGCCAUGCUGAGGAAGCGCUCCUUCAGCAACCCCUUCGAGUGUCCGAGCAGGAGAGAGGAGAGGUCCAUGUCUGCGCCUGGCAGCCUGCUCAUAAAGAGCAGCACGGGAGACGGACCCAGAGACGGAGAGCUGGAGGACCUGCACGAAGACGAGCCCUCCUCUUGAGUCCUCCAGCAGAGCUUUUGUCCCCGUUCAUCCACACGUCUCCUUCAAAUCAGUGACGCACCACAUAUGCAUAUCGUUCUAUACACUGGACCUACGGAUGGUUUAUCGCUUUUGUUUACGCUCAAACCCUGGUUUGCUAUCGUGUCUCCUCCC